AUGAAUUAUAUUGAAACAAACAAAACAAUUACAACAACGACAUCAAUUUUAAAAACACCAAGUGAAAAUGCUCAAGGUCACGAGUAUGAAUUACUUUCUCCAACGCAAGUGUUGACUGGACAAAAGCAAAAACAGGAACCAGUUCAACCACAGAAAGGCGAAGAGAUGGCCAAUCAUGAAAUUGAACAAAUAACUACAAAUGGAACAUCAGACAACAAACGUUCAAAACCUAAAAGAGAAAUUAAUCAUAAUAAUGACUAUUCUUAUAUAUCUGAUUAUUUACAAGUAACCAAUCGUAUAUUUAAACAAAUGCUAAUCAGUUCAUUAGAAGGUGCUGAUAAAAUUGUUAAACGAUAA